UUUCCUUAAAACCGCGAGAGAGAGAAGAGGGGGAGAGAGAGAGGGAGGGAGACAGCAAGUCUCCAAUUCGAACUGCUUUCGAACUUGGGUUCAAGAGAUCGCGACAAGGGUUUAGUUCGGAUUUCAUCAUCUUGGAUUCUUCAUCGCCAUCAAGAUGGCUCGCAGCAAACGGGGUUCUGACAGAGGAGAAAGAGAAGGGAUGGUCUGCCCAACAUUACCAUGCGCAGAAUGCACCCGGAGUUGUUUAUUGAUUCAUGGGCAGAGAAACGACCCAUCACCCAUAGUGGACAGCUUUUUCAAAGUCAUGCUUGGCUUGGAUUUUUCAAACCUUCUGUAUCUGCCACCUCAAUUUGUUCCAAUGGUGUCAGAGUUGAUUGGUCGGGAAACUGAGCUUGAGGAUGCAAGUGGGAACAGGUGGAAAGUAAGAUUAUCUAAACAUGAUGGUGUAGUGGCUUUUCGGCAGGGAUGGCAUGAUUUUUUACUAGAACAUGGUAUAGAAGCUGGAGAUUUUGUUACAUUCCAUUAUGUAAAGCAAUCUCACUUCAUUGUUGAAAUCUAUGGGCACAAUGGGUGUCGAAAACUCAAUUCUUCAGAAGAACAAGACAAUCGGAAGAAAAGAAAGAGAACUUGCAGAAAUUUUAGUGCCAGUGGACAAUGCUAUGGAACUCAUAGUGAUUUGAUGAACAGACAUGGUUCAAAUAUGUCUAAUGCUUCUGGGUCAAACGUUGAUAUAAGCGAAAGGUUGCCAUUGGACAUAGAUAAUGCUUCAAACAUUAAUAAUGGCUGUGGAAAGGCACAAUCUGUGCCAAGUAUGAAUUUUAAUGAAGAACCAUUUUAUAUGAUAGACAGAGAUGUUGGAGAGAGAGAGAGGGACCGCUGGAACUGCUUAUAUGACUUGGCAAGCUUUGAAAUGCAGAAGACACCUGCUGUUGAUGAAAAGAGCAAGGAUGAAGCAGAUAUCGUGAAUAAGAUUCCAGUGGCUAAAGAGGCAGUGAGCUCAAUACCAGUUACUGAUGUACGACAACUGGUAAUUACUGAGAAAAGUAAAGAUUUUCAGAAGAUGGAUACCUUAAAAUUAAUCAGUGAAAAAUAUUCUGGCGCUGGCAACUGUUCUGGGCUAGAUCAGAGGAACAAGGCAUAUUCAAAGAAUACACCCCUUAGGAACACUAGGCAAAGAAUACGAAGGAAAAUUGCUGAUGGGUCAGAGCUCCAUUCCUUGCCAAUCUCUGCUAAAACCCAGAAUUUCCAUGCUGCAGGGCAGAGGAAGGGAGUAAUUAAACAUAAACGGCUUGUGAAUAUGGAAGGUGGCUUUGACUGUAGGUCAAUGAUGCAUGGAAAGUAUCCGGUGAUGAAGGCGUGUGAGAAGAGUUUAAAUCCGGCCAGAAAAGAUGGUAGCCAUGUGCACGAGGUGAUGAAAACAGAACCUGUUGAUACCAGUGACUUGCAAAUGGGACCUGUUGAAACCAGUGUCUUGCCUUCUAGAGUUGAAGUCAAAAUUUCCAUUUCCGGAGUUAGAGGCAAACGGUCUUUCCUUGAGUUGCCCAAACCAUUACCCUUGGUUUCAUCCAGGGCAAAGCUGAAAGCUGAUAGGAGGCUGGUAAUCCUCCUCCUAGAUCCACAAUCUCGACAGUGGCCCAUGCUCUACCAGUCCAAAUUUGGAAUGAGUGUUUUGACAGGAGGAUGGGAAGCAUUUUGUGAGGCAAAUCGCAUUCGCCCUGGGGACAAAUGUGUUUUGGUAGAGGAGAAUGAAUAUGAUCACAUUUACAAGGUUAGUAUUGUUCAGAACCAAGAGUAGACUAACUACUCAAACUGUUGUAAUGAUUCUGACCAGAAUCUUGCUUCUGCUAAACUUAAAUUGAGUAGCCAUUUAUCGUUGGUGGAUCUUUUACAAUGAAAUAUGGGUUUUCUUUGAUAUGCUUGUGAAAGAACAAGGUAUUUUUAUAGAGGCUUGAUAGAUAGUGAAUGCGUAUUUUGCUUUCUAGAUAGUGAUUGUAAUUCACUGGUCAAUUAUUGCAUGGAUGGUGAGAUGAUUGUCGAGUCAGAAUUCACAUUGCCGGCUCCCAGUCUCUCAGAUAAAUUUGGCAGUGGAAUGCUCUUUAUAGCUAGUGGAUCUUUUACAUGAAAUAUGGGUAUUUUGUUGAUAUGCAUGCUUGUGAAAGAACAAGCUAUUUUGUAGAGGCUAGAUAGAUGGUGAAAUGCAUGUAUUGCUUCUAGAUAGUGAUUGUAAUUCGCUGCUCAAUUUUUUCAUGGAUGGUGAGAUGAUUAUCAAGUCAGAAUUCAUAUUGCCAGCUCCAAGGCUUGAGAUGAAUUUGGCAAUGGAAUGCUCUUUAUAGCUGGUGGAUCUU